GUUGCGUUGUGUGACGGCCGUUCUAGGCAGUGGGCGCGGGCUCCAUGAUCCGGGUCGCAACUUGCUGUUAAUAGCUGCGCCUGGCCUGGUCGCGAGGCGGGCCCCCGUGCCCCAGCCCUGGCACCUCACGGCCGGGUGAGUGGGAGCAGCAGGCGGCGAGAGGGACGCUCAGGUUCUCCUCUCCCCAGCGCCAGGCAGCAGCCGGCAGGACGGCAGCGGAGAAAGCUGUGGUGAAGACAUGGCUUCCAAUGGCAAUAAUUCAGAAAGAGUGAACCCUGUGCUCAGAAUAAGUCAGAUGGAUGCUCUUGAACUAAACAAAGCCUUGGAGCAGCUAGUUUGGUCCCAGUUUUCCAGCUGUUUUCAUGGAUUUAAACCGGGGCUGUUGGCUCACAUUGAACCAGAAGUAAAAGCAUUUUUAUGUCUUUUCUUGUGGAGAUUCACCAUCUAUUCUAAGAAUGCAACUGUGGGACAGACUAUUCUGAAUAUUCAAUACAAGAAUGACUUAUCUCAAACACAGAAAUAUCAGCCAUUGAGCAAACACCAGAAGUUAUGGUAUCUUAUCUGCACUGUUGGUGGAAGGUGGUUGGAAGAAAGAUGCUAUGAUUUAUUCAGCAGUCGCCAACUAGAGUCAUUCUGCAGAAUCAAGCAUUUCAUUAAUUUUGUAGCUGGACUUUUAAAACUUUGUGGACUACUGAACUUUCUGAUUUUCCUUCAGAAGGGAAAAUUUGCAACACUUACCGAACGUAUUUUAGGAAUUAGAUCUGUCUUUUGUAGGCCUCAGAAUGUUCGUCAAAUAGGAUUUGAAUACAUGAACAGGGAACUUUUAUGGCAUGGCUUUGCUGAAUUUCUAAUCUAUCUUCUACCACUCAUUAACAUGCAAAAGCUCAAACUCAAAAUUUCAUCUUGGUCUUUGCCUAUUGCAGUUUUUUCCAGUAGCGAAAACACUUUAGCAGCACAUUGCAAGGAAUGUUCUGUAUGUGGGGAGUGGCCAACUAUGCCUCAUACCAUAGGCUGCUCACAUGUUUUCUGCUACUAUUGUAUUAAAAGCAACUGCUUAUUUGACAUGUAUUUUACCUGUCCUAAGUGUGGUACAGAGGUAUACAAUCUUCAGCCAUUGAAAUACAAGAUUGAAAUGACAGAAGUUCACACACUCUAGAGUUUUUUGUGGUGCACUUGAAGCACAUACUUUAGAGUAAACUGUAUAAUAUUCAGAACCACUAUUAAAUUGAUCAUAUUGUCAUUUUGUUUACAGCAGUUUGAUCUUUCUCGGUCUUAUGUCUGUGAUAUAAUAAAGUCCGUAUUGACAUUAGUUUCCAUAUACUAAUAUAAAAUUGUAAUUUUAGCAAUUAUUCCAAUUAUAAUCAAAGAUUCAUGCGAUUAUAUUGUUGGUAGCUAUCCGCAUAUUUCAUCAACUGCUUUAUGUAAUCACCAUAGAAGACAUUCCCUGUGAACUACUUUUGAGGUAAGUAACUCAUUAGCAUCUAUAAUAAAGUGGUGAGACCACCUAAAGAAAAUGGAGAGCUGCACAGCAGGAUAU